GCCUUUUGGAUUUCCCAAAGAAGUGGUGGGAUGAGGACGAGAUUACCCAAGACAGAGUUGCAUCCAUUUUAGUGAACUACAAGCUUGGUGGAACAGCCUACUACUUGGCUAGCAUUGCCAAGAUGUGGCCAGUGAUCCGGGCCUUAAAGCAGCUGCAAGAGCAGUGUUUGCUUUGGCUGCCAGUGGCCAACAUGGCAGCUGUAGAAAACGAAGAGGUAGACCCCACCCCUUCCCUAGAGGGGCUUGCAAACAAGUGGAAUGGGGACGAAGGUCUCCGAACCUUGCUUUUGCACAAGGGUAGCUUGCUGCAAUGGCCAUCUCCCGAGCAGAAGGGGGUUGUGAACUUUGAUACCAUGAGGCUCAACUCCACUGUCUUGAAUCACGUGCUUGAGCUUUGGGCGCCGCAAGUCGAAGUCCCCAAGACGGUUUGCAUUGAUGAUAUGAGGGAUCAGGAUCCAAUUAUCAACAUGAUCUUUGAAGGUGUCUCGAAGCAUUGGCCGGUCAUGACCAAGAAGACCCAGCCCCUUUCUGAUGAGCAUGGUGAAGCUACUGAAAAUCCCCUUGACACUCCUGCACUUGACAGUGACGUUUACUUGAAUCUCCAGGAGGUUGAAGCCAACGCAGUGGAGGCUGAACCGGCCGUGGCCCAUGAACUUGGUGCAGUUCCCGAUGAUUCAAUGGGGGAUGCAAAUGUCAUGGCUGAACCUGUUGAACCACUACAUGAUUCCCAGGUUUUAGAUGAUACCCUCGUCCAAUCGGAUCUCUACCCAGAGUUUUACGAACCCUCGCCACCAGUUUUGCCCAGUGAUGUUGGUGAACCCUCGCCACAAGUUGUUCUCAGUGAUGGACCCCAAGAAAGCCUUGUCAGCCCUGUUGUCAACUUGGCCCCGGGCAAGUCCAGCUCGAGCAUCGCCUCCACCGAGUUAGACCAUGACAUGCCCCCUUCUCCAGAGUUGGACCAUGACAUGGCUAAGAAGGAGGUGAUUUGUGUGCCAGAAUCCCCAGAAGUCACAAAAGCACUACCCAAAGAGUCCCUUCAAGAUGUCCGACAACGAAUCAAAGACAUUGAGAAUCGAAUCGCCUUGGCGAAGUGCGCUCGCCCGUUGCAAAGCUCCAGCGUGCCUGCAGAGCCAGUGCACAAUUUGGAUCCCAAUGCUGAGACGUUGCCUAUGGACCUUUCCCCCUUCGCAAAAGCUUAUGCUGAGCCAGGGGGUCAUGAGGAAGUUCCACUUGAUGAUGGGGUUGCCAAGCUGACAAGGUGUCCCCCUGUCCCCUCAAGCUCUGACCCAGAAAUCCCAGAGGGAAAAACAAUGGAAACAAUCGCAGGGGAUGAGACUGAGAGACCUCUCCCAGCACCUGAUACCAUGCCAACUCUGAAACCGGCCGAAUCUUUGUUCCAUUCUACCGAAGUCACAGCUAGAACCGAUCAAAUGGAGGAAAGAAACCGGAUGAAGAAAGAUAAGCAACUACAGGCUGAGGCAGAGGCUGAGGAUCCACAGGGUGAGGAGCCAGGGGAUGGGCAGGUGAAGAAACCAAAGGCCAAAGGUAAGGCGAAGGCCAAAGGUAAGGCAAAGGCAAAGGGUAAGAACGCGCGAGCAAAAACAAAGUCUCAGGCUAAGGCUAGGGGAAGCGUCAAGAAGGCAAAGGACAAGGAACAGCAGAAAGGGAACACUGAGGAUGCACCAGGAGAAGAAAAAAUUGCAAAGAAGCCUCGCGCAACAGCAAGCAAGAAGCAAACGCCUGAGGAGAAGCAAGCAGCGAAGGCAGCCAAGGAUGAGGAGAAAAGGAAGGCAAAGGAGUUGAAGGCUGAGGAAAAAAGUAAGGCAAAGGAGGAUGCCAAGACUGCCAAGGAUGAGGAAAAAAGGAAGGCAAAGGAGGAUGCCAAGGCAGCCAAGGAUGAGGAGAAAAGGAAGGCAAAGGAGUUGAAGGCUGAGGAAAAAAGGAAGGCAAAGGAUACUCAGGGGGAGGGCAAAAAAAACGCAAAGAAGGCCAAGGUCAAGACGGAUGGGGCAGGGGAUGAAGGUGAGGCAGGUGGGAACACACCUGGGAAGGAGAAGGGUGAGAAGGCAACUUUUGCCAGGCGUGCCCGUCCCCAAAGGGGAGAGGCAGCGAGGCGAUGGGAUAGUUUGAAGAUCACCUUCAACACCCGUGUGGCACCGAUGUUCGAUAAACCUUCAAGCCUGGAGAUGCAGAAGGAUGCCUCCCAUCACAUCUCCAAUUUCGACCACUUCUUCGAGGGAUGUGUCGAAUCGUUCUUCAUGCUGGACGGCGUGAAAGGAAGCCCGUACAUGGUGAGGCUGCGGAGGGGCCUCUCUGCUUACGCGAAGCACGGGGUGCUGCUGCUCAUCAUUCUCAUGAUUGGAUAUCUGGAGCCCGUUGAUUUGACCAACAAUGGUCGUGAAUAUCAGGUCCUAGAAUUCUAUGCUGGCGCAGCACGGCUAGCAAAGACUGCCCACCACUUUGGCGGCAGUGUAGCUGCCAUGGAUCGAUUGUAUGCGGAAGUGAACAUGGGAGUGGAUGCAAAGGUGGUGGAGGAGAAGCUGGAGGAGAGGGAGGGGGAGGAGAAGGAGGUGGAGGAUGAGGAGGUUGGCCUGCACAUUGGUGCUCCAAAGCCGCCUUGGCCAAUGCAUUUCAUUGAUGGGCAUUGCUUGUGCAACAUGGGGAGUACUUUGCUGAACAUGCAUGACCGUUUCCGAUAUUUGGUGCAGCUUUAUCCAGUGAAAUUCGUCGGCAAGAUCUUUGAGAACUUUGACGAGAUGCUGGAAUCGACCCCGAAGUUGCCGAAGGUGGCCAACGGCAAUGGCAAGUGCAUCAUUGAAACCCUGGAAGCCAUGCCCAUUGGUGACACUUGGGAUGAUGCAGAGCUUUGGACAAUCUACUCCUACCUGAGAAGCUCCAAACUUUUGCGUUUGCCUCCAAACAUUAAGGCUUUGGAAAAAGAGCUGGCUGCCAGAGGUGCCAGGACACCCCCGCGGCCAUCUCUCACUGUGGAUGGCUUUGAUGGCUUGCCCGAUGAUGACUUACAAGUUCUCUUUGUUAAGGAGGCAACGCAGGGCAUCCUCAACAGAGCUGUGAAGACGGAGCUUGUUCAGGUGAAAGAUGAAACGAUGGAUGACAUGGAGCCUCUUAAGGAGGUUUUGCCAGACCGUCAACUUGAGUCCCAUGAGCAACAGUCUAGCCAGUUUCGCGUCGAAUCUUUGGGAACUUUAGAUAACCAAACAGGUGGAAGUGGAGAUGUUCCAAGCUCAAAUGAGAUUCCAAGUUCCAAUUCAGUAGGUGAAGUCGAAAAACAAACCGACCUUUUGGUGGAACCUGAGACCCCUCUUGAAAGCUCACAACAGCCUCCCGCGUCUCCAAUGCCGCGUAGCCCGGCCUCAGCUCAGAAAGCCACACCACCAGAGGCUUCUCCUCCUGACGUCCAGCAGAACGGUGGGAUUGGGAAGGGCAAGGGUAAGAGAGCUGUUGGGGAGGACAGAUUUGUGAAGCGUUGCAAAUCCAUCAGCGAAAGGAUCACGGAGGAGACUACCGAAAUUGAGGGGGAAUGGUUGACCCAGGAAGAUAUGUCGAAGAUCCAAGGAGUCAUCAGAUACUGUGAGGCCCGCCAAGGUUUGACCAGGAAAACCAAACGACAGCGAUUAGAAGAAGUACUUGAGUGGGAGGAGGACAAUAAACGUGGUGAAAUCCCUGACCAAACCGCAGCCUGGACGAUGCUUGAAGAAAAUGGAGACGGCUUGCUUCACUUGAUGGACGAUGCCAAGCCGCAGGAGAAAGAGGUGAUCCCAACCAAAGAGGUUCUCCCUGAUCACAUGGAAGAACUUAGAAAAAUUGGUUUCCCGGAAAUUGAAGGGGAUUUGUCACCGUCAGCGAUUGCCCCCAAAGCAUGCAACACGAUUCACAAGCAGCUUGGGAAGUUGCAAGCCUUGAUAGCUGGCUUUCCCGGAGACGCAGCAGGCCUACAGUUGAGGAUGAAGUCCAAACUGACAGAGGCCCACUCAGCACUGGAGGUUUGUUACGAGAAGUUGGUGAAUGAUCAUGGCAAUGGAGUUCUGGAUGGGUUCACAUAUGAGUCCCAUGCCUCCGUCAAGCAGCCGAAGAAGACUGAGCCUGGUGGGAAAGCACGGGCAAAGGCGAUGGGCAAGUCCAAGGCUAAGGCAAAAGCCAGUACUUCGGUGCCAGUGUCCAAAGAGACUGGCUUUCAUGACCGGGUACUUGCACAAAUGGCUGAGAGUAUGGGCGAUGGGGCGGAAGUGAACAUGGGAGUGGAUGCAAAGGUGGCGGAGGAGAAGCUGGAGGAGAGGGAGGAGGAGGAGAAGGAGGUGGAGGAUGAGGAGGAGGAGGAGGCGGAGCCUAUGGUGUGCGCCGACUGCGGGGUCUUUGCAACAAGCCCUGUGUGUGGCGCGUGCCGAGCGCUCAAGCGCAUCAGCGGCCUUCUGCGCUCCGGACAUCUCAAGGGUGAACAGGAGCGGAGGGUGGCUGAGAUCAUACGGGGAGCUGCAGGGGAGCUCACAGAUCUCGUGGAAGAGAAUCUGCCCAAGGGUAGGGCAGCCCUUCCUCCCCCUGAGCAGGAGGCAACAUCGGGCCUAACCUCCGGGCCGCUUGAAGCUCCCGCCGCCAAAAAGGGCGAGAAGGGAGACAGCGACUACACAGAGGAAUCCAGUGAAGAGGAAGUAGCUGUAGAGGAGGCAGCCGUGGAGCCAGAGGCCACAACAGUCAAAGCGGAGGCCGGCGAGGAAGAUACUACCCCACGGGAGACAGCAGGGGCGGCUCCUGAGGGCACAGGUGUUCGUGACGGAGGCGGCCGCUCAGGGGACGAAUUGGCGAACCCAGGGGCCUUGGCACUGCGGCCAGCCCCAAAAGCUUCAAGCAGAGAUAACCGGGACCGGGCACGCCACGGCCCUGACUCGGAUCGAGGGUACCGCCGGGCAGAGGGAUCCCCCAGGCGACCGAUCACUCCUGAGAGGCGGGGCGGAGGACCCCGACCGGGAGAUCAAGAGGAGGACAGCGAGGGACGGCCACCCCUUGCUAGGAAGCCCAAGAAGAGACAACGUACCCGAGAAAGAGGGACUAAAGGCGAAAGGCACCGAGAGCGGGCCAGGGAAUUCACCAGGAAAAAGAUUGAGGAGAGGCCGCUGGGAGUGAGGCGGAGGCCAGCAGCUCGGGUUGGCGGACAAGCGGGGGUGUUGGACGCCCCCGACCGCGCUCGCCAAGGGAGGCGGAGGCCCGCUGCAAGAGAGGAAGGCCGCACGCUUUGGGAGCAGGGGCUGGAAACGGAGCUCCACCAAGUCCCCAUCGACCUGUUCAAACCUGGGUCGUCGUUGGUCAUUACGGUGGCCGACUACUUUGGGGGCGCGGCGAAGAUAGCCGGAACAAUCCAGAGGCUGGAGGUGGAGAAGGACUCCAGUUACCUUCAAGUGCGCCUCAGCGGGACCGACCACGAAGGGGUCCUGCGAGCACACAGUGGGAUGAAGGAUCAGCCCUUCCGGGUGCACAUUUGCCCCCCACAGUGCGGCCGUCAGGAGAGUGGCGACUUUCUGGCCCAUGGUCUGAAAGGCAGGCGCCGCAAGGAAGAAGGAGAGGAAGGCUGGGUCACCAGCCUGGAGCCCCCUGCCAUGGAGGGCGAGGACGAGCUCGCGAUGUUGAGGAGGCGGGAGCAGGAGCUCCUGCGCGAGAGGGGCGAGAGGGCCCGAGCGUCCCCAUCACGUCGAGAACGAUGCCAGACACCAAAGGAGCCAGAGGAGGAAGAGAUCCAGAAAAAGAAGAAGAAAAAGAAGAAGAAAAAAGCAAAGGAGGACGCAGAGGAACUGGUGAACGGGAGACACGCGGCCAGGGCAUCGGUGAAGGAGCUGUCACAGGUUUUCGGGGGCACGGCCCUCGACCCGCGGGAGAAGAUCAGGAAGAGAGUGCUCAGGAGGGCACAGAAGUACGCGGCGCGGAAAAAGAGCAGGCGCUCCAGCUCCAGCAGCAGUCACGGGAGCAGUGGCUCCUCGACCAGCACAUCGAGUGGCGAGCCGGCGACCGAAGGGGUUUUCUCGGAGGAGACAAAGGCAAGAGGCCUUUCGGAGCGCUUCCCGGGGGCACUGUCGGUAGAGACGCUCUUGAGUAUGCGCCGGAGCCUCCUGGCGACGUCAGGCGAAGAAGGCGACUUGCAGUCGACCAAACCGGUAGCUCUCUUGUACUACCGCAAUGUUCUGGGCCGCAAGGCAACAGGAGCGCAGGCGCGAGAGUUGUUGACACUCUCGAGCGCGGUAGAUGCCCUGCUGAGGGGGCGGGUAGCCCUCGCCACCGACAUCUUAUGCCAGAGGCUCAAAGCCCAGGAGUCGGUCCUUGCUGGAACUCCCUGGCAGGUGGCACAGAAGGUGGAAAUUGCCUCAGCGGAAGCUACCGCCCUGAUUGCUCGGGGCGAGCUGCAGGCAGCACAGCGGGAGAGCUACCUGGAUUCGAAGACAAAGUGGCAGAAUCUAGCAUCUACCCCCAAGGGUCAGCCCAAGGGAAAGGGCAAAGGCAAGUCGGACAAGGACGGCGGAAAGGACGAAAGGCGAGAGGAGUCCCGGAAGGACAGAGGUGCUAUGAACCAAGCUACGAGUAUAGGGGUCCAAGACGCUGGACCACCUGAUGUAUUCCGGGAGGUUGGGAAUACCUCCUAUGCCGCUGAGGGUGGCGUACGGGCGGACGUCCUGCCUGACCCCUUGGCGAUGAUUUCUCCGAUGGAGCCUUGCCCGGUUCCGUUGAGUGACCCGGUCCUUUUUGAUGACCAGGGCCACGUGUCUUUUGAUUUGGGCCACAGCGGCCUGGACGCUUCGGGACCUCGUGUAUCCGAAAGAGGAAAAAGUUUGGGAGUGUUGUCUGGGUCCACUUUAGGGGAACUUGGGUUGAGGGUCCAACAGUGGCUACUAGAGGUUGUUCCACUCCGCGGCAAGGCCAUGGGUAGGCGAACAAAAACCACCUUGCUUCCCCUACCUACCUCUAGUAGUUUCCUGUUGUCUGCCUUCCCCCAUUUAGGUCCCCAAGGUAUUGCGUGGCUGGCCAGUAUUGCUAUGGGCUUGAACUCCCUGUGGGGGGAUGAGGUCAUGUAUGAUGGAGAGGUGUCUGCGGUGGCACUUGAGUGCAUGGAGUGGCUGUCUAAGGAUGUCGAACGCAUCUGUCUCCUGGAAGGGAAAGUCGAGCUGUUUGAUUGGGAUCAGUUCUUCAGUACUCGAGGUAUAGACUAUCGCGGAGAUGAAGUCAAGACGGCCAGGGAGUUCACCUGGGGCAAUAUUGCUCCUGCGCUCCCGGCUGAGAUAGGGCGAGUGCCAUUGGAACAAGUGUGCACCCUCGGCGCCCGUCACUAUGUGGAAAACCUCGACUUGUACAUCAAGCCGCGUGAUCGCUGGGAACUGGUGAAGCCCCCGCGGGUCAUGGUACCUGAGGGCGCAUGGGCGGAGGUCUGUAGUGGUCUUCUCACAGCGGGCAUCUGUGUGCUGCUGCCGGUGGAAGAGGUUUUUCACAUUGAGCAGCAGCCGUUGCUCAACGGCCUCUUUGUGGUGACGAAAGACGAAUGGUCCGGCGAAUACGAGGUUUACAGAUUGAUCAUGAACCUCACGCCUUUUAACGGGCUGGCAGAGCCCCUGAAGGGCGACGUCGAGACCCUCCCUAUGUGGAGUCAGAUGUCCCCCUUCUUUUUGCAGCCAGAGGAAAGCCUGCUGGUUAGCAGCGAAGACGUCCGCUGCUUCUUUUAUACCAUGGCAGUUCCACCGGCCUGGUAUAAGUACCUAGCCUUCAACAAGAGGGUCCCUGACCAAUGUCUGCCCGUGGAAUUGCAGGGGCGCUUGGUCUACAUGGCCUCACGAGUACUCCCCAUGGGAUUUGCUAACUCAGUGAGCCUGGCACAGCAUGUGCACCGCAAUCUGACGCUUUGGAGCCAUGAGCAUAUCCCGGAGGCAGCCACUAGUGUGGCAGCCCCUGAAGCGGAAGUGCGGAAAGACAGACCUCUGACAGCGGCAAAUCCUUCUUGGAGGAUAUAUUUGGACAAUUUUGACCUCCUUGAAAAAGUGAGGGCUGUGGAACGGGAAACGCUUGAAGGAUCUCUUGCACCCGCAGCCUUGGCGCUGCGUCAAGAGUACGAGAAAUGGGAGGUGCCGCGCAACCUGAAGAAAUCGGUCCAGAGACAACCGGUCGCUGAGGUCCAGGGGGCACAAGUCGAUGGUAAUUUGGGGGUGGCUUUCCCUCGGGAGAGUAAGCUUCUCAAAUACCUGGCCGCUACGCUCACCUUGUUGCACCAGGCGGUGGUGACUCAGCGUCAGACUCAAGUGGUCUGUGGGGGCCUGGUCUACAUGGCCAUGUUCAGGCGGCAGCUGUUGGGGUGCCUCAAUGCCAUAUGGCCGUUUAUCGAGUCGUUUGACCGGCUAGGGGUUUCGGUGCAGGCGCUGCCGACUCAAUGCAAGCUUGAGUUGGUGAGGUUUGUGGCACUGAUCCCGCUGGCUCGUUUAGACUUUCGCCUCGAGUACAGUGCUGACGUGGAGCGGUGGAAGCAAGACUCCUAUCGCUUUCCGCCCUACCAGUACACCGCAAAAAAUCUCUUGAUCAACAAGCAUGACGUCAUGCGGCUGCCGACAAUUGAUGAGAAGGAGUAUAUGCUGGGUUUCCCUGUAGGAUACACAGUGAGUUGCUGGGCCAAGCAGGGACGUGGAUCCGUGGCACAUCAAGAUGCGCGGCAAUCAUUGCUCGGGAACACAUGGAGUGUACCUGUGGUUGCUUGGUUGCUGGCGCAAUUGUGCGGGCCCUUGGGAUUGUGCCCAGCAUACACCCCUCAAGAGAUUAUGGACUUCCUGAACGCAGAGAACCAAACGUUUUUGCAAACUCGGUUAUGGCGUGCACCUCUUCGACCCCUGUGUAGGACAGGGGGCCUUGGAAAGAGCCGUGCUAAAGGAUCCAAGAAAGGCACAGUGACCCGUGCUUUUGCGGCAUGCUGUGGCAUCGCAUGCCAUCAGUGCUCCAUCUUAGAGCCUGGGCAGUUCCGCUUCUGCACCGGUGCUGGCUUGUUGGGGCACUGGGUGCCCCGGCGCUUCGCUGACGUGGAGCGGUGGAAGCAAGACUCCUAUCGCUUUCCGCCCUACCAGUACACCGCAAAAAAUCUCUUGAUCAACAAGCAUGACGUCAUGCGGCUGCCGACAAUUGAUGAGAAGGAGUAUAUGCUGGGUUUCCCUGUAGGAUACACAGUGAGUUGCUGGGCCAAGCAGGGACGUGGAUCCGUGGCACAUCAAGAUGCGCGGCAAUCAUUGCUCGGGAACACAUGGAGUGUACCUGUGGUUGCUUGGUUGCUGGCGCAAUUGUGCGGGCCCUUGGGGUUGUGCCCAGCAUACACCCCUCAAGAGAUUAUGGACUUCCUGAACGCAGAGAACCAAACGUUUUUGCAAACUCGGUUAUGGCGUGCACCUCUUCGACCCCUGCGUAGGACAGGGGGCCUUGGAAAGAGCCGUGCUAAAGGAUCCAAGAAAG